GGUUCAUAUUGAACAUCACCUUCCUAUCAAUGACAUUAAAGUCACUGCUUCCGAUAACUAUAAACAGACGCAGCAGCAGAAAAUCAUUUCGAUUUUAUUACGUUUUGUGUGUAGUUGAGUUUGAAGCAUGGAAGACUUGGAGAAUAUUUUUUCCAACUUGAAAUUGAAUUCCGACAAUUUGGCCGAUAGUGAAGAUGUUGAAAAAUAUUUGAAAAAGAUCGACGAUGCCUUCGAGGAAAACGAAACAACCUCAAAAUGGAUGGACGAACUGCAGAAACAUUAUGGUUCCGCGUUCGAACGAAAGUCGAUUUUAUAUUUCAGUGACGUUCUGGCAAUCGAUCCAACCUCUGUCAGAUCAAAUAUUGACGUUGCCAAAAUUUACUCAUCCAUACUCCCGUACAAUCAUCGUGACAUAGCAUUUGCGAUGGUCUGCAUUAAACGGGCUUUAAUGUUUCAUCCGAAUAGUAGCAAGGCGAAUCACAGAAUGGCUGCGUUGCUAAUAUCACAAAACUCUCCAAGCGCUGCAUUGGAAUAUCUACAGAAAGCUGUAGAAAAUGACGAAAGAAACCUUUUCGCAUCGGUUGACCUGCUGAGAGUUUACAUGGCGGACAUGCCAACGCACAAAACAAAAAUGGAGAAGAUUCUGGAGGAUCCAAUUUACAAGGCCAGGGAUCAUUACAACGACAUACUUCUAUUAAAGGCUAUGUAUUCGUAUCUGAAUGGAGAUAUUGAAAAGUCCGUCGACAUACUCAUUGAAGCAGUUACCCACAAUCGUAUCGGAUCCGUUGAUUCUUUGGAGAAAUUUCAGUAUAACUUUAAACGCUUCCGCUGGGGAAGUUAUGAUUCCUUUGCAAAGAACAUUAAAAUGAUCAUUGAGAUCAGAAUGGCAUUCUGUGAAAAUUCAGAGAAGAAAAUUUUGACUACAAUUUGGAAGUCAUUAAAAGAUCCACACGAUAGUCACCGUGAUAAAUUCAAAUCUGGACGUAAUAGCUACAACCACGAUGAUUUCAACAAAUCGCAUCGAUCCGGAUAUGAUGACGGGUCACAGCACGGUAGCCGUCAAAAAUAUGACUACGAAUAUGAUUUCUUCAAAAAUUUUCGUGGAUCAGGAUCUAAUAAAUCAGGUGGUUCCAGUUAUGAUUCAGGAAAUAAGGGUGGACCUAGUGGUGGUUCCCAAUCAAAAAGUUUUAAAAGCUUGGACGACUACGCUAUUUUGGGAUUACCUCAGUCAGCCACUCAAAGUGAUAUCAAAAAGCGGUUUUAUCAAUUAGCUAGAGAACACCACCCAGACAAAAACAUGAAUUUGCCCGAACACGAACUUCUGAAGAAGCAAGAAAUGAUGAAACGCAUCAACACAGCCUACGAUAAUUUAGCAUCUCAAUGCAAGGCAUAAAUUGGUUGACAUUGAUGUCAUCCGAACUAGAAUAAGUUUUCGCAUUUAUUAUUGCCAUCUAACGGUGAAUUGUCUAUCGAAUAGAAUCGUAAUUAAAAAGAACUUCAAACUCUC